UGUGACGCAGUUUCCGGGUUAGGUCAUUUCUUGGCGCAUUAGAGGAGCCGUAGCGCACAGGUUGUAUUGAAACUGCCCAGCCAUGGCUAAUCAACCAAUGGACGUGAUAGCAAAGGUUUUGGAAAAAGUGGAAGAGCAGGUAGAUGCAGAGCUGAACAAACAACUGAAGGAAGAAGAUUUCGAGGUGCUGAGAGAAAAACGGCUAGAGGCUCUCAAAAAAGCUCAUAAACAGAAGCAGGAAUGGUUGUCAAAAGGUCAUGGUGAAUACAGAGAAAUUCCAAGCGAGAAAGACUUUUUCAGUGAGGUUAAAGAAAGCAAAAAUGUUGUCUGCCAUUUCUAUAAAGAUUCUACUUUCAGGUGUAAGAUCCUUGACAAACACCUCUCCAUCUUGGCUAAAAAGCAUGUUGAGACCAAAUUUCUUAAACUAAAUGCAGAGAAGGCGCCAUUUCUCACAGAGAGACUUGGCAUUAAAGUCAUUCCCACGCUGGCUCUGUUGAUAGAUGGAAAAACAAAGGACUUCGUGGUUGGUUUUACUGAUCUGGGCAAUACAGAUGAGUUUUCCACUGAGAUGCUUGAGUGGAGACUUGGCUGUGCUGGCGUCAUCAAUUACAGUGGCAAAUUGAUGGAGCCUCCAACACAGACUAAAAAGUCAGCAACCAAGUUUACAAAAGUGGAGAAGAAGACUAUCAGAGGACGAGGGUACGACUCUGAUACAGACUCUGAAGAUGACUGAAGAUCUACUCCUGGUUUUAGUCUCAGGAUUGGCUCAUUACACAUCCACUACAUGUAGGCUUUUAUCCAUCAUGCCUACUUAUUUCUUUUUUCAUACCAACUUAUUUAAUGCCAAACUUUUCAUUUUAUUCACACUGGCACUGUUGUCAAAUUUAAUAAUUAAUCUUUAUUCUUCCAAUGAAGUGUAAAUAUUUCAGACCAUCUCCUGUUUUUUUCCAUAUACAGUACUGCA